UCAAUAGAUUGCCAGCAUCAGUAUCCUCAGUUCAUUAGGACGGAUUGUGUAGAUCGUAGAUUGAUUUGAUCGGAAGAGAGGAGAAAGAAGAUAUUUUUAUAGAAGACAAAAAUGUCUCAGAAAGGCGGAAGAGGGACUCGUGGGCGUGCAACGCAGCGUCUGCAGCAGGCACAUAGUGCGCAGGAACAGCAACUUCCUCAUGCUCAACCAUCAACAUCUAGUGGUGGAGCUGUCCGCAGACCUGGACAACCUGCUGGACAAGCCUCUGCAGGUACUGGUGCAAGAGGUCAACGCAUUGGUGAAAAGGGUGAUGGUGCAGGAGUUGGAAUGAUUGGUAGAGGCAUGGAAAAAAUGGGAAUUCAAGCUAUAGCUGGUGGUGGAGGUGGAGAUAGAGAUGCAGGCGCAGGCGGGAUGACAGGUAGCCUCCCUUUACCAGUUGUGUCAAGCGGAAGAGGCUCAGCCCGCGGCAAAAGAACUUUACCUCCAGAGCUCUUUCACACAAGACCGGCUCAUGUACAGACGAAAAUAGGACUAGCCGGCAAAAAGAUAACGUUGCAAGCAAACUACUUCAAGUUAUUAAAAUCGACUGACUGGGCCAUUAACCAGUAUCAUGUCGAUUUCGCGCCCGAAGAGGAUCGCACAAUUGUGCGUAAAGGUUUACUCAAAUUACAUGCAAAGAGUAUUGGCGCAUACAUCUUCGAUGGUACCGUACUGUACACAAGUCGUCGAUUACCUGAGCCAUUGACAUUUACCUCAACUCGACAAUCGGAUGAGCAACAUAUAACUAUUACUAUUCGUCCCGUUCGUGAUAUGCGUGUGGGAGAUAGUCAUUACAUCCAGUUCUUUAAUAUUAUUAUGAGAAAAUGUUACGAAUUUUUGAGAUUACAAUUGGUUGGUCGCAAUUAUUUUGAUCCUGGAAAUAAAGUUGAAAUUCGGGAUUAUCGUUUGGAAUUAUGGCCAGGAUAUGUAACGUCUAUUCGUCAACAUGAACGUGAUAUAUUAAUGUGCGCUGAGAUAACAAGUAAAGUUAUGCGAUUAGAUACUUUGGGGGAUACUCUGUCGACCUGCUAUAAUCAAAAUCGUGCACAAUACAAAGAAAAUUUCGCCAGUACUGUGAUUGGCACAGUAGUUCUUACCGAUUAUAACAACAAUACCUAUCGUAUUGAAGAUGUGGACUUUAAUACGACUCCUUCUAGUACAUUCUUCUUGAAAAAUGGCGACAAAAUAACAUAUAUGGAGUAUUAUAAACGAAAAGGAAUAACUAUAAGAAAUGUAAAUCAACCGAUGCUUGUAACUAAAUCUAAAACAAGAAGCCGACAAGCCGAAGAAGCGGAAAAGAUUUAUUUGGUUCCCGAGUUAUGUCGGGCAACAGGUUUAACUGAUUCGAUGAGAGAAAAUUUUAAACUUAUGUCAGCCGUGGCUAAAUAUACCCGUCUCGGUGCAAAAGAACGUGUCGACAGAUUGAAAACCUUCAAUCAAAGACUUAACAAUCAGGAUAAUAUUGUGAGAGAAUUUUCUGAAUGGAACUUGCAGUUAGAUAAUAAGUUACUUGACGUACCAGCGCGUAUUCUACCUAAAGAGAUGUUAUAUGUUGGCGGAGACUCAGCUAUCACUUAUGAGGAGGAGGACGGCGACUGGGGGAGACCAAUGCAAAAGAAAUCUUGUUUAGUUAAUAAGGAUCUGCGCAAUUGGGUUCUUUUAAUUACGGAAAGAGAUAGGCCUUCUCUUUCGGCAUUUUUAGAUAAGCUAAGCAAAGUAUCCCUAGGAUUAAGAUUCCGACUGGAGCCUCCACAAGUACACACUCUUCGCGACGACAGACCAGGAACAUAUAGCGAAAUGCUAGAACGAAUUCUAAGCAAACAAACACCGGAUUUGGUAUUUUGUGUGGUAUCGAAUAAUCGUAGUGAUCGUUACUCGGCUAUUAAGAAGAAGUGCUGCGUAGAUCGACCUGUACCAUCGCAGGUUUGCGUGUUUAAAACAAUGACGCAUAGGAACGUUAUGUCUAUCGCUACGAAAAUAGCGAUACAGAUGAACUGUAAGUUAGGCGGAGCACCAUGGUCCGUGGACAUUCCGAUGGACGGAUUGAUGAUCGUUGGAUUCGACGUAUGCCACGAUACAACUACGAAAACCAAAGAUUUCGGUGCUAUGGUAGCGACCUUAGACAGACGUAUGACAAAAUACUUCAGCACAGUGAGUGCGCAUUCAAAUGGCGACGAAUUGUCAAAUGAGCUUUGCAACAACAUUAGAAAGGCUACGGAAACAUAUAGGCGCGUGAACAAUGUGUUUCCGUCGCGCAUCGUCAUCUAUCGCGACGGCGUUGGUGAGGGCCAAAUACCGCAGGUGAAGGAACGCGAAGUCGAGGAGAUCAAAAAGGUUCUCAACAAUCUGUACAACUGUACAUCUGAUAGACCUACAUACAAAUUAGCAUUUAUAAUCGUAACGAAGCGGUUGAACACGCGAUUGUUCUUCAACGGUGAAAAUCCAAAGUCGGGCACGGUGGUCGAUGACGUCAUUACGAGUCCGAUCAAGUAUGACUUUUUCAUUGUGUCGCAACAUGUACUACAAGGCACGGUAACACCUACCUCGUACAGCAUAAUCUAUGACAAUCUCGGUUUAGAUGCGGAUAAACUACAACGUAUGUCGUACAAGUUGACGCACAUGUAUUUCAAUUGUUCGAAUACCGUUAGAGUGCCAGCACCCUGUCACUACGCUCACAAGCUGGCGUUUCUUGUGAGCAAAUUCAUUCACCAACCGCCAAAUUCGUCACUAGAAAAUACUUUAUAUUUUCUGUAAUCUCUCUCUAUGUUUCUACAUCAUCAUUAUUAUUAUUAUUUUUAUUAUUAUUAUU